UCUAUGGUACCAGAGGCGCACUCAUUGGUUAGCUCUGAUCGUAGGCCUCUCUGACAGUGAAGCGUCAUCAAUCUCUAUGGUUCAGAGCGUCGCUCUGCCCAACGCUGCUCGUAUCUAUUGUGCUGUGGAGGAGUUGCUGUCCCCCGGGUGUCAUGGCGGCCGGUCUGUGUUGGGUUUCGCUGCUCCUGGCCUCCGUGGCACUGAGUCGGGCUGUGUAUGAGGACCAAGUGGGCAAGUUUGAUUGGAGGCAGCAGUACAUGGGGAGGAUCAAGUUUGCAUCACUGGAAUCUGGUUUGGGAGCCAAAAAGCUCAUUGCGGCUACUGACAAGAACAUUGUUGCGGCUCUGAACUCCCGGACUGGUGAUCUAUUGUGGCGCCAUGUUGAUAAAGACACGUCUGAGGGAACAGUGGAUGCGCUGAUGAUGAUUGGCCAAGAUGCUAUUACAGUGUCUGGGGGGCGCCUGCUGCGCUCAUGGGAGACCAACAUUGGGGCCCUAAACUGGGAGGCUGUGCUGGAACCUGGAAGUUUUCAGGCAUUGAGUUUUGCUGGCAGUCAGGAUACAGCUCGGUACGUGGCAGUUUUGAAGAACUCAGAAUUAUCUCUCCACUUUCUCUCCAAUGGACAUCUCAAGUGGUCGGAGUCGAUCCCAGAGAGUGACUCUGUACAGUACCAGCUGCUCCACUCUCCAUACAAAGGUUAUGUCCAUGUCGUGGGACUUGUCCCUCAGAGUCACCUGACUAUCCUCACAUUCAGCGUGGAAGACGGCUCUAUCAGCCACCAGGUUCGGGUCUUGACUCCAUGGCUGCGUACCCUGCAUGGGACUUGUGGGGUGAUUGGAGAAGGUGUUUUGGUUUGUGGUGAUGCACCAAUGGCCUCUGUUCACAUUGUUUCUUUACUCUCCGGUGAGGAGACAACACGCCAUUCUCUGCAGUCCCUGGGCAUUGAACUGGCUGAAGAACUUACUCAGUUGGAUGUAAUCACAGCACCUCAAAAUGGUAUAGGGGAGAGCCUUUCACAGUUCUUCCUGCAGAUUGCACCCCGACGAUUUGUGUUAAUGCAGCACCGUGAUGGAGUCCUCACCCCUCUGCGCGACUUCUCCCAGGUUUCACUGGUGAACUUUGCUACCACCGGAGAGAAAACUGUUGUUGCAGUGAUGCAGUGCAAAACCGAAGGGAACCAGAAAUCUGGACCAGAGCCUGAGGAUCCAACAGGACAAAAUUGUGCUGAGGAGCCCUGGUACUGCCCUGGACACACCUACAGCAUCAAUCUGUACAUGGCUGAUAGCGGCAGGCGACUGUUAGAGACCACCAUGAGCUUCACCCUGGAUCAGAGCUGUGUGCGACCGGAUUCUUUCUACCUCCAAACAUUCCUGAGAAAGGACGAUUCAGUGGGUUAUCGAGCCCUGGUACAGACUGAGGAUAACCAGCUCCUGUUCCUCCAGCAGCCAGGGAAAUCAAUUUGGCUGCGAGAGGAAUCUCUGGCUGAUGUGGUCACCAUGGAAAUGGUCGAUUUACCUCUGACAGGAGCCCAGGCUGAACUGGAAGGGGAGUUUGGCAAGAAAGCGGCUAUACAAGACGGGCUGCUAGGGAUGGUGCUAAAGCGACUGUCGUCCCAGCUGAUCUUACUGCAGUCCUGGAGCGCCCACCUCUGGAAGAUGUUCUGUGACGCCCGUAAGCCCCGCAGCCAAAUCCGCAAUGAGAUCAACGUCGACACACUGGCCAGGGAUGACUUCAACCUGCAGAAGAUGAUGGUUAUGGUGACGGCCUCUGGAAAGCUGUUUGGCAUUGAGAGCAGCUCUGGUAGUGUCAUAUGGAAGUUUUACCUGCAUGGAGUUCACCCCGGCUCUUCCUUCAAGUUACUUGUCCAGAGAACGACGGCUCACUUCCCUCACCCACCUCAGUGCACCCUGCUGGUCAAGGAUAAGGUGACCGAGAAAAGUGCAAUGUACGUGUUUAACCCAAUCUUUGGAAAGCUGAGCCAGCUGGCCCCUCCCACCUUGCAGCGCCCCAUCCUCCAGUCUCUGCUCCUCCCCAUCAUGGACAAUGACUAUGCUAAAGUGUUGCUGCUCCUGGAUGAUCAGCACAAGGUCAUUGCUUUCCCUGCUACAAAGUAUGUUGUUCAGCAGCUACAGGAACUGCGUUCCACCAUAUUCUUCUAUCUGGUUGAUGUGGAAAAAGGCAAACUAUCCGGCCUGCGGCUGCAUAAGGACCUUUCUACAGAGGAGAUUUGGGAAGUUUUGCUGCCACCAGACUUGCAGAGGAUCACUGUUGUAAAGGGAAAGCGAUCCAACGAGCAUGUUCAUUCCCAAGGGCGUGUAAUGGGUGACCGCAGCGUACUUUACAAGUACCUGAAUCCCAACCUGCUGGUGCUGGUGACGGAGAGCACAGACACACACCCAGAGCGCUGCUUUAUUGGGAUCUAUCUCAUUGAUGGGGUCACAGGACGCAUUAUCCAUUCAUCUGUGCAGAGAAGAGCUCGGGGCCCUGUACAGAUUGUCCAUUCAGAGAACUGGGUGGUGUAUCAAUAUUGGAACAGCAAAGCUCGCCGCAGUGAGGUGACCGUUCUAGAGCUUUACGAAGGAACAGAACAGUAUAACAGCACUAACUUCAGCUCCCUGGAUAGGCCACUUCUCCCCCAUGUUCUACAGCAGUCCUACAUCUUCCCUUCAGCUAUCCGUGCCAUGCAGGCCACCAUAACUGAGCGAGGCAUCACCAGUCGCCAUAUUCUCAUUGGCCUUCCUUCCGGAGCGAUCCUUUCCCUCCCUAAAGCAUUACUGGACCCAAGGCGACCGGAGAUACCAAAUGAAUACACCAGAGAGGAGAAUUUAAUCCCUUAUACUCCAGACAUUCAGAUCCACGCUGAACGCUUUAUAAAUUACAACCAGACGAUCUCUCGCAUGCGCGGAAUUUACACGGCCCCCUCUGGACUGGAGUCAACGUGCCUGGUUGUGGCCUACGGACUUGACCUUUACCAGACGCGAGUUUACCCCUCGAAGCAGUUCGAUGUCCUGAAGGAUGAUUAUGAUUAUAUCCUGAUAAGCAGCGUCCUGAUUGGCCUGGUCUUUGCUACAAUGAUCACCAAGAGGUUGGCCCAGGUCAAGCUGCUGAACCGAGCCUGGCGCUAAAUCUGUUCCGUCCAACAAGACCAGAUUCCUCGUUGUUUCAUGGACAAACCCAUCUCGUACCACUGUGCAUAUUUCUUGUCGACAAAUAAGCAGAGAUAUUCCUAUUAAAUCCUGAUGCGCAAGAAGUAAAUCUGGGCUUGUGCCACCAACUGAUUCAAAUUGAAUUUCCGUGAAACUGACACCAGCUGAGGUUGAAAUGUCUGGUCUGAACUGAAACGUGUGAAUUACGGGUCUAAACUCGUAACAAGUUGCUGCCCUAAAGGUACCUCGAAUCAUGUGCCGCCUGGAAAAUGGCCACUGUACAUCCUAUUGAUUGGUUGAAAUGGGGUGAUCCAUUCAAUUAGACCCCUGGAGACAUCAACGGGUUAAUAUGGUCCUUACACCUCAAAGCAGCCUAAUUAGCAGAAAUUGUCUAGAUAUCUACUGGCCAUACAGACAACCCAAAAUUAUAAGAUGGUAAAAGCCAAACACCUUGCAUUAAAGAGCAUGGGCAAAUCUUUUACUAUAAAUUAAAUUAACCCUAAUUAUAUCUGCUCCCUACUAUACUGGAUAGUCCUGCCAUCAGAAUUAAAUACAUUCAGUGCCACCAAAAGUGAUUACACAAAAAGACCCAGACAAUAUAGGUACCUGUUAACCCAUCCCUAAUUCGACUAGGCCUCCAACUGUGACUGCAACUGGGGCUCAGCUCUUUUAUAUUGAAAUUAAAUCUAUAAUUGUCAUUUUUAGCAUUCAGAUUAAUUCUCCCUCCGCUAAUGAAAUGAAAAAUGAAUGGGAUUUCCCCAGUAGUCCCAUUUCUUUCCCAUUUGUGGUGCAGCUUUCAAGCAGACGUCAUUUUAGAAGGAUCAAUAGUUUUGUUUCCUCUUAUCUGAUCCACUAAUCAAACCAGGCAUCUCUAGCCAGCAGAACUGUGAAUGAACGGCACCAUUUAUUCCUUCCAUGAGACCAAAAAGAUUACUGUAUAAUUCAGGCAGGAGGAGAUACAGUGAGUUAUAGUUUAGCAACAUCUUACAUAAAUGGCUCGUCUAAGGGAUUAAUCAUUAGUGAGAUAUUAACCCAUUGAUUUAAAUUCCAUACGAGGUUCCAUAUUUCUGCAGGAAGUAGGAUAAAGGUCCCUUUUAUAAUGCUCAUGAAUUUGUCACCUCUAGUUGGGAUUUGAACUCGCAACCUGCUAGCUUUUGCUUAACUACAACUCUCAUCCUAAUCACCGAGCUGUGGUUAAUUAGUCUAAUUGUCCUAACCUACAGCAAUCACAACCAAUAGGUUCAAAUAAAAUUCUUUUGCAUUUAGGGCUGUAUAAUAAUUUGAUCUAUUUAUUUUGCAGCAUUAAAGGAAAUAAAAACCAGUGCUCAGAGCACUUUUGCUUUCUGCAUUGAGCCCUUUUUUUUCUAGAUUUUAAGGUAUUCACAAUUACUACACUGCUGAUAUAAUGAAUUUCGAACAACAGCGCCACCUGCUGUUCGUUUCUACCAAUUGCCAGAUUUAAGUUAGUGAGAAGAGCAAAGUCUUGUGAUGUUAUUCUGCUCAAACCUGAACAGAGAGACGUCGGCUAUCUAAUGUCAUUUUUGGAGUAAUCGCAGGACUUUCCCCUUUUUGCUGACUUGACUUGCUGUGCGCCGAAUUGAACAGCAGUUGGCGCUGUUGUUGAGAUUCAUUAUAUUGGAGUAAAAACUGCUGAUAUCUUGAAAACUAGAAUAAAAAAUAUUGUAAAUAGAGCACUCUGGUUUACAAGGUUUUGCAUUUCCUUUAAUAGAUUUGACCCUACUUGGGAUAUGUUCUAUCUUUGCACUGAAACCCCACCCAAUAGAGGAGAGGGUGGCCCAAUAUAUCCUCACUGGAGUUGAUUUUCUAGAUCCUGUGGUUUAUUGUUGGAACUGAUAUUCCUAAGAUGCUAUUUGAUAUGAAAGAGAAAAAUGUCAGUUCACGGGUAUAAAAUAAAGGUAAAAUAAACAUGUUUUACAAUCUC